GAGAGCGCUGCUAACGCUAAUCAUUUUCGCUCCAUAAGAGUUUGCACGCCCUGAUGGUUAUUCUCAGCACCGGUAAAAAUACUUCGGGCUCUUUUUAAAUUUUUGUUGUAACUGUUACUGCUAUUACAAGGAGAUUUAUUGUUAGUUUUGUUGUAUGUUCAAUGUCGUGUUUAAGAGCUUAAAAUGAGCAAUUCUACCUUUAUUCUCGAUAAUGGUGCUUACACGGCAAAAGCUGGUUUAUCCGUAGAGACACCCAAACUGGUACCGAACUGUAUAAUGAAAGCAAAGAGCGAGCGUCGCAGACCUUUUGUAGGAAAUCAAAUCGAAGAAUGUAGGGACGCUUCCGGUCUCUUCUACAUUUUACCUUUCCAAAAAGGUUAUCUGGUAAACUGGGAUAUUCAGAAAACUGUAUGGGACUAUAUACUCUCGAAGGAAUCCUGUUCAGUAAACUUGAGCCAAAUGUCUGUGAUAGUCACAGAAUCACUGUUUAAUUUUAUCAAUAUUCAAGAAGCUAUGACAGAAAUUUUCUUUGAAGAAUACGAGUGUCAUAGUCUUCUAGGGAUAAAUGCAGCGAGCCUUUCCUGUUAUAAUUAUAGAGCGGAGAAUCCUGCUGCAAAAUGCUGUGUAGUAGUUGACAGUGGUUACAGUUUUACACAUAUAGUACCUUAUAUUAAUGAUAUAAAAGUGAAGGAAGGAAUACGAAGGAUAGAUGUGGGUGGCAAGCUUCUGACAAAUCACCUGAAAGAGAUAAUAUCUUACCGCCAGUUACAUGUUAUGGAUGAGACGUAUGUGAUUAACCAGGUGAAAGAAGAUUCCUGCUUUGUUUCGCAAGAUUUCUUUAAGGACAUGGAAAGAGCCAAGUACAAAUUGGAUAACAAUACAAUCACUAAAGAUUACGUAUUACCGGAUUAUACAACAUUACGACGUGGAUACCUUAAAGAUCCAGAACCACCCAAUGAGCAACAGACAUUACGCUUAACUAAUGAAAGAUUCGCGAUACCAGAGAUAUUAUUUCAUCCAUCAGAUAUUGGUAUUCGACAAAUGGGAAUUCCUGAAGCUAUCAUGGACUCUGUAAAGGCUUGCGGCGAAGAGAUGUGGCCCCACCUUUUAUCAAAUAUCAUUCUUACUGGUGGUAACGCGAAAUUUCCGGGAUUCAGAGACAGAGUCUACAAGGAAGUCAGAAGUUUAGCUCCGGCGGAAUACGCGAUAAACGUCUAUUUACCACAAAACCCGAUUACUUAUGCAUGGCACGGUGGGAAAAAGCUUUCGCAAGAAGCGAUAUUCUCCAAUCUGUCAGUGACAAGAGAAGAGUACGAGGAAGAAGGGCCGUCUGUGUGUUUCGAAAAGUUUGAUAUUUAAUUCUUCUUUACAUAUUAUUUAUUACAGAAAAUACCGUAAUUAAAAAGAAAAAAGAAUUUAUGAAUCAAAAAUAAGUCACGUUUAAUACAGAUAGAUACAAAUAUUCGAAAUGUUGCAAGUGUGGAAUGUGUAUACUCGACACCAAAUUAUCUUCAGAUACAUUUCAUUUCUGCCAUUA